GUAUUCCCCCCUCCCCUUUAAAUAGAACACAACUCUAAAGUACGGGAUUCAAGAGUUGAAAAGAUUAAUUCAACCAUGAUGAAUGCAGAUACGGAUGCUGUUGAGGCUGAAAAUCAAGUAGAAUUGGAAGAGAAAACACGGCUUAUUAAUCAGGUUUUGGAACUGCAACAUACACUUGAAGAUCUAUCUGCCAGAGUUGAUGCUGUUAAGGAAGAAAACCUGAAACUGAAAUCAGAAAAUCAAGUUCUUGGACAAUACAUAGAAAAUCUUAUGUCUGCCUCUAGUGUUUUUCAGAUUACUGACACAAAAAGCAAACGAAAGUAAGGCAUGGAUAACCUAAUUGUAACAUUGUAUUGUUCCUGCUUUUGUUUUGAAUUCUAUCACUACAUGAGUCAAUACUGUUCAGAUCGUCAUGAACAACUGGACUGUGCAAGUAUAUAGAGAUAGUGUAGAGGAAAAUAUUUAUUUUAAGUUUGAAGAUGAGCGCUUUUGAAAUUGAACUCUGCUUUUGUGUUAAGCAAAUGUUAUACACUGCCAACUACUUUUAAAUAACUCAGUUUUUACUGUGGUACUAUUCACUAGCAA